CCUGGUGGGACCAAACUACCACCAGCUGGCCAAACCAGGCUCCUGCUGCCUGGCCAAAUCAAACUCACGCUCCCUGGCCAAACCAGGCUCUUGCUGCCUGGCCAAAUCAAACUCACGCUCCCUGGCCAAACCAGGCUCUUGCUGCCUGGCCAAAUCAAACUCACGCUCCCUGGCCAAACCAGGCUCCUGCUGCCUGGCCAAAUCAAACUCACGCUGCCUGGCCAAAUCAAACUUACGCUCCCUGGCCAAAUCAAUCCUCCGCUACAUGGCCAAACCAGACUACUAACGCCC